AGAGUUUGUAGUUUUCGCCGGCCAUCGUUGCCCGUCAAUUAUUUUCCUUUGUAUCCUGACCUUAUGAAAUUAAACAACAUUAAUAAAAAGUACGUAAGCUUAUUCGGAAGCAAACGGCUAACAAUUGAGAACUACAUGUCCCAUGGUUGAAUCUCCAUUUUUUCCCCUCCACGCCGCCUCUCCCUCCGCACGGCUCCAGAAGCGGCGGAGUUUAGGAAAAGACGGAGCUGAGCUGUCAAUCAUAAUUAAGGAACCACGCGGACUGAAACUGGGAGGAAGGCCCACAGCAUUCUUGGUGAAAAAGCACCGUGUGGGAUAAAUAUGCGUCCGAAACAGAAGAAAAUAAACACCCAGUUGCGCAAAGAAGGGUUGGUUCCACUCUGAUUGAAAUUGCAAAAACCCAUAACAGAACGCGAAACUUGUCGAGUUUCACUUGCUGGCGCCAGGCUUGAUUCGACUAUUCUGAUUGGAAAACGAAAACAAGGGUCCGGUGUUCGGCAGGAGGCACACUCCCGGAGGAAGGCAGCCGCGGAGGUUUGCUAAACGACGACAACUUGGAAAUAGCCCCCAACUUCGGCUUCCACAACCCAAACUUGUUGACUUGAGGAGCGAAGAUGAGCGGGGGAGAUGUGGUGUGUUCAGGCUGGUUGAGAAAGUCGCCUCCUGAAAAAAAGUUGCGACGUUACGCAUGGAAGAAGCGCUGGUUCAUUCUUCGGAGUGGUCGUCUGACAGGUGACCCAGACGUGCUGGAGUACUAUAAGAAUGACCACGCCAAGAAGCCCAUCAGAGUGAUCGACCUCAACCUGUGUGAACAGGUGGAUGCAGGUCUGACGUUCAACAAGAAAGACCUGGAGCACAGCUUCAUCUUCGACAUCAAGACCAUCGACCGCGUGUUUUACCUGGUGGCGGACACGGAGGACGACAUGAACAAGUGGGUCCGCUGCAUCUGCGACAUCUGUGGUUUUAACCCCACCGACGACGAAGCUGUGAAGGCAGCCCACCAAUCAGGCAGCAGCAGCUCGGUGGUGGACACGCCCCCUCCCCUAGGGGUGGGGGCCGGAGUGCCCCCCCCCUACCAGCCCGUCAGUGUGCGUCACCUGGACUCCCAGUCCAGCCUGGACGAGCCCCAAGACUACCUCUGGCUGGCUAACUGUGAGAGCAAGAAGCCAGAGCCCAACAGUCCAGUACGGGGUGGCCCCUCCCCAGUGGAGUACUUGCUCCUAGAGGAGUGUGAGAGCAGGACUCCUCCUCCUAGUCUGGCUCAUGACUGUUCCAAGUCCACCUCCUCAGAGACUGACCUGAACGACAACCUCCCCUCCCGACGCACCCCCCCCUCCUCCUCCAAACACACGUCCUCCCACAACGGUGCCCCCUCCCUGUACGACUCCCCCCCCUCCCGCGGGCCCUCGAUAGACUCCGCCUCCCUCUACCACCUCCCCCGCAGCUUCUCCCAGGACACUGUCCUCACCGGCCCCGCCCCCUCGCCCUCCCAGGACCCAGGGGAGGUGGAGCUCUACGUCUUCAACACACCAUCACGGAAGCCCUCCAUGGAGACGCAGAUACGGAACCUGUCAGUCAGCUACGACAUCCCACCCACCCCGGGGAGCAACUGCACCUAUCAGGUCCCUCGUAGCUCCUCCGUGGGGGCGGGGGGGUCAGAGGGCGGGGGGGACAUUCCCCCUCCAAGGCCCCCCAAGCCCUCCCUCAGCUCCCUGUCAGGGGGGAACCCCCCGGGGCCCCCGGCUGAGCGCUCCCCCUCAGACGUGUACUGCACGCCGCGCUCCGUGUCGGAGACGGAUGGGAACUACUGUGUUCCCAGCAGUGUUGGGAGCAAAGCGUUGCGUAGCAACACCAUCGGCACCAUGGACUCCUCCCGCAUCCGGAAAGCAGAUUUCGGCUCGCAGGAAUGCUAUUCCAUUCCCAGAUCUUUUCCUUCCGACAAAACCUGCUCCUUCGACUUCAACGAGAGCUUCAACAGCUACUUUAUAAACAAGGGCAUGAUGCCAGUGUGUGGGAGCCAGUCCACCGAGGAGGUGGACCAGAACUACGUCCCCAUGAACCCCAACUCUCCGUCCCAGCCCGGCCCCUCAGACGGGCCCCAGGAGACCAACUACGUCCCCAUGACCCCCGGCACUCUGGAGGUCUCCUCCCUGGGGAGGCAGGUCCCCCCCCCCGCCCACAUGGGGUUCCGCUCCAGCCCCAAGACCCCCCCGCGAAGACCCACCAGCGACUGUCAGCCCCCCCCUGUAGACCGCCACCUCAAACCUGACCGCAAAGGUCAGAGCCCCAAGGUAAUCAGGGCUAAGGGGGCGGGGCUAGAGCGCACUGACUCCCACACUGUGGGGGAGUUCAUGAGACAACGCAAGGCUAAACCCGCCCCGCUGGACAUCAAGCCUCUUCCAGAGUGGGAGGAGCCAUGUGCGCCCGUUCGCUCGCCCGUCACCAGGUCGUUCGCCCGGGACUCCUCCAGGUUCCAGCUUCCCCCUCGGCCCCCCUCCCUCCAGAGUGGCUCCAGCUCUGACUCUGACGACUGUGAUGAGAACUAUGUUCCCAUGGUCCCUAGCAUGCCCUCAGACGAGCCCCAGGGCAUGAAGCUGUCCGCUCCCAUGGCAGCAGAUGGGGGGAGCAGCCCACUGGUGAAGCCUAAAGGAGACAAGCAGGUGGAGUACCUGGACCUGGACCUGGAUCCUGGCAAGGCCACUCCACCUAAGAAGAAGAGUACCGGUCCGGGGCAGGUGUGCUCAGACGAGCGUGUGGACUACGUGGUGGUGGACCAGCAGAGGACCCAGGCUCUGAAGAGCACCCGUGAGGCCUGGAAUGACGGCCGCCAGUCCACCGAGACAGACACCACCCUCAAGGGUCCCAAGUGACCCUGCCUCCCCCACCCUGCCUCCCCUACCCUGCCUCCCCUACCCUGCCUCCCCUACCCUGCCUCCCCUACCCUGCCUCCCCUACCCUGCCUCCCCCACCCUGCCUCCCCUACCCUGCCUCCCCC